UUUGACCAUGAAUUCAAUGCUGGAUUUUACGAUGAAGAUAAAUGGAUCGUAAGUGUAAUUAUAGAAACCAACCCAGAAUCAAAGUUGCGUCCAAAAUGUCUUGAUGUUUAUGUACGUGCGGUAGAUCCUAGUGAAAUAAAGCAUUCCUAUUAUGUGUCAGCCUUCGCUGUUGGUCCAUAUAAUAGUCGUUUUCAGGUGUUUUCGAAAAUUGGUCGAGGAGGUGUAAGCCCUGACUGUAAGAAUCUUAUAGACAUGGAAAAUUCGAUUGGAUCUGGAUUUCCAAUCAAAACGUUACCUCCACAUGAAAGUUAUUAUAUUCCGAAUGGUACGCUGACGCUGGAGAUAGAAAUCACCUCCUACUGGGAUACGAAUCCAUGCUUUCCUGGUCAUCCUCACAGAGUACCUAAUAUAGACAGUUAUGUACCUGACUCACUCUUAGAACUAUACCAAACCAGGAAUGAUGAUGGUGAUGUUAUUAUAAAAGUUGAGAAUAAUGAAUUUAAAAUUCAUAAAAAUGUAUUGGAGACUCGAUGUCCUGUACUAAAUGAACUGAUCGACGAGAGUAAUCUACUAGCUCUUGAGGAUAUUAAACCUCAAGUAUUUGAGAUGGUAGUAGAAUAUCUCUAUACAGGAUACGUCAGUAAUACUAAUGAUCAACUUGUUGACAAUGCUGAGUGCUUAUUAGAAGCUGGUCACCGAUUUCAAUUAGAAUAUCUGCAUAAAACCUUUGGCUGA